CAAAUCGCAAAUGUACACAUGAUCUUGCCGUCCGAUCAUUCUCACCAAGUUCGUGACCUUGUGAAGACCGCCACAUGGAUACAUUAGAUAGAUAGCGCACGCGCCCCUGGAACCCGUUUCCAUCUUACAUACCGCAACCUCAGAUCCUCCUACCUGGCUCCGGCAACUGCGAAUCACGUCCUACGUCCGGUGAAAUAAUCUUCUCGGGAUUUGAACAAGUAUCCUCUAUAAGACUUCCAUGGCUGUUAGAAACGUCACUGGAAGUACCGUCGCCAUUCGCAAUCGUUAUUGUUGUCUCUUCGCGAUCCUUGCAACGCUAGUGCCGAUCCAAACUUUGUCCUAGUGAGGCUGUUCCUGCCACGCCCACGUGCUCUUCAUCACUCCGGAUACACAACAACGACAACUUCCUCAUGGACGAUCUGAAGCGGCGGUUGACCAUCGCCAAGCCAAAUAUCCACAUGAGCGUCACUCCUGGGUGGCUGACGCAGUCGCUGCACCAGGCACAGACGUUUCUCGGGAACCUCGUUGGCGGCGACGAUGAUGCCACGACGCGCUCGUUAGACGGCUCAAGGCCGAUGACCGCAGUCGAGAUCACAGAGCAUCCGGAAUUCCCACACGUAAACUGGAAGCUCGAGCCUAAUUCGGCGGGCAAGAUUGACGUGGCCAAGGGUCGCGGUGGUCCUUUCAAGCUUGCAUAUGAGAUUCACGGCCAUGGCCCAAACAAGCUCAUUUGGAUCAUGGGUCUCGGUGGCUUCAUGAAGACGUGGCAACGGCAGACCAAGGAUUUCGGUCACCUCCAAGCCGACCAAUACACAUGCCUGAUCUUCGACAACCGAGGGAUGGGUGAGAGCGACAAGCCGUUCCUUCUCUACACCACUUCCGAGAUGGCGACCGACAUCGUCGAAUUACUGGAUCACGUCGGUUGGAAGGACGAGCGAAGUGUCCAUGUCAUCGGCAUCAGCAUGGGUGGCAUGAUCGCUCAGGAAUUGGGUCUGCAAAUCCCAGAACGGAUCUGCAGUCUCAACCUCAUCUCAACGGCGCCGAGGAUCGUCCGCACCCUGCCUUAUCUAGACAACCUCCGCAACCGCAUCAACCUCAUGAUUCCAAAGCCGCUGGACGGCCAACUUGCAAAGGUCAAAGCAGAUUGCUACUCGGCGGAAUGGUUGGUCAAGCCGGACGAGACCGAAUUCGAGGUCAAACCGUUCCCAACCAACGGCGAUCGCUUCUCCGCCGGUGAGCUGUCCAAGCGGCUCUCGCCCGGCGCCUUCACGCCUCGAGGGUUCAUCUGCCAGCUCUACGCCGCCGGCUUCCAUCACAAAUCGCCCGAGCAGCUCCGCGAGCUGGGGGAUGCUGUGGGCCGGAACCGCAUCCUCGUCCUCCACGGCCAGGGCGACAACAUGAUCGACUUCGUCCACGGGAAGAUGUUGCUCGAGGAGCUCGGUGGCGAGGAGGCUGGCGUGACCAAGUCCUUCCACGAGAACCUAGGCCACGUCGCGCCUCUGGAGAAACGUCGUGAGUUCCAUCAACUCAUCGAGGAGCGGGUGGCGGUCACGGCCGCGCUGGGCAAGUCCUAGAUGUUUGUCGAAGACGCUUGUUUGGCGCCAGGCGGAGGUCAAUCAUGUCUGCUUAGGGUUUCACUGGAUACCAUUUCGAUAUAGUAUGUACAAAUCUACACAUGUAAUGCAGUAUCGCCAAGUUCCCUGCCGCGAGUGACU